GUUAUUUACGACACAUCACUACUAGCUUCCAGGAAGUGAAGAAACUCUGCUGGAUGCUCUGCUGUCUGGAGGUAAAAUGUUUCGGUUGUGGCACGGCACUCAAACAACACGGGUUAAACUGUCUGUUUUAUCCCGUAGAAACAUGUCGGUAACGUCCACUCAGUGUGACGGUAAAAACAACAAGUCUAUUCACUCGGACAGCCUGGAGGAGGUUCAUAACGUCCCGAUGCGCGUCAUCACCAGACCGAUUCCUUCAGAGCUGGAUGAGCUGAAGGUUCAGAGUCUGAUGAACACAAUACAGGAGACAGCAGACAUCAGCGUUGUUCCUCCCAUCGAUGUGCUCUGGAUCAAAGGCAGAGAGGGGGGAAACUACUACUACGCUUUUGGAGGCUGUCACAGGUUUGCAGCGUAUCAGAGGCUGAACAUGUUGACCAUCCCAGCCAAGCUCAUCAAAUCAAAUGUCUCAGACCUCAGCACUUACUUGGGGGCUUCGACGCCGGAUCUGCAGUGACGCUGGAGUAGAUUUUUGAGGGACUUGGCUCGAGGUGGCUCACACACACAUACACACGCACACACACACACACACACGCAAAUACACAGAGUUUUGACUCUUGUGUUGCAGCUGGUGACUGCAGAGCAAAGGAUUUACCAGCAGGGGGAAAUGUAACUCUUUAGUUAAGUGCAUGACAUUUGUCAUGAGUGUGUGUGUGUGUGUUUAAAUUUCUUUUUUUUUUUUUUAAUAUGCAUUUUUACCAAGUUGAUUGUCUGUCAUUUAAUAGCUUUAACCUUUAGUUGUACUUGCACAUAUAAAGUAAUUUAAAUUAUCCUUUUCCUGCAGUUAUUUUCUUGUGCACGACAGCACCAUCCUGCCGUUUCUUUUUGUACAGCAAAUGCAGAACUUAUAUUAGUAAGAGGACAUAGCUGGCAUGACAUGAUAUAAGUGGCACUACACAGCAAGGAAGUUUAUUAUCGCAAACCUUGAGGCCUUUUUCACAGCAGACAUUUUGGCUUGCCAUAUUAGGAAAAGCACAGGUGUUACUAAUAACAUUAACAUUAACUAUGUCUCUGUUCUAUUCAAGUGUCCCAGUAAAGGCCUAUGCACAUAAAAUCCGUAUGUUUUGAAUCUGUCAUCAUAUAAAAAAUUGUACACACAGA